GAUCCCUCGACUUUUGUCACGCGUCCUGGUCGGGGAUGAUUUUCACACAAACACGUGCGGCGAGAGAGCCUUCACCGACGUGCAAGUGCUUGUCAGCAAGCAAUCGCCGGGAGGAAGCAGUACAGUACCAGCUCUUCACAGACACAUCGAACUUCGCCAGUACUCUUUGGGACGCUGAGGAUUGGACUGAAUUUCCGAGAUUGCUGCAAUCGAAUUCCGACGUCCCGACUUUACGCCUCCACACCUCUGGCCUAUCGCCUAUCGCAGGUGAAGGAAGGAGAGCCACGGUGAGAGCGCGGAUGCUUGCUGGACUGGCUCGACAGUGUUGUUACCGCGGCACUCGGCAGUGAUGGAGGAGCAAGUGGUGCAUUGGCUCACCGAAACCCAGUCUGCCCACGAGGCUCCACGAAGGAAUGCAGAGCUGCAGCUGAAGCAGUCGUACAACAACCCCGACUUUCCCCUCGCCCUCGUCUCCAUCGGCACCCAUGCCCAUGUCCCCCUCGACGUGCGCCAGUCCGCUCUGCUCUACCUCAAAAUCUGGGUCCUCGCCUGCUGGUCGCCUCAGCUUGAUGAAUUCGCCGGCCAGCUGUACACCGACCACGACAAGAAGCUGCACAUCCGCCAAAGCCUUCUGGACCUCGCCGUGAGCGGGAGCGAUGAACGAAAAAUCAAGAGUGCCGCCAGCCUGGUCGUCAGCAAGAUUGCCUCGGCCGAUUUCCCCGAUGACUGGCCCGACCUGCUUCCCACCAUCUUGAAUGUCAUUGCCGCCGGGAAUGAUGCGCAGCUUCACGGAGCCCUCAAGGUCCUCAGUGAGCUUGUCGACGACUGCUUCAACGACGAGCAGUUCUUCAAUGUCGCGCGCAACUUGGUAAGGAACGUCUACGAUGUCGCCGUCAACGACACACGGAAGCCGACUCUUCGAGCAUUGGCCAUCUCCGUCUUCUGCUCUUGCUUCGACACGAUGGAGAUGGUCAUGGAAGACCACAAGGCGGACGUCAAGUCCUUUGCAGAAGAGGCCUUGGCAGGAUGGAUUCCCUUCUUCAUCACCACCCUAAAGACUCCCCUGCCACCCGCACCCUCUCCUGACGACGACAACCACGCUACAUCCACUGCGGAGACCUACCGCGGCUAUGUUGCGUUGAAGUUACAAGUGGUCAAGGUGCUCAUGCGCAUUCGUUCCGUCUUUCCAUCCGUCCUCGCUCCGCAGAGUCCCGCUUUGUUCUCGGCAAUCUGGCAGGAGCUACUGACGCUUCGUGAGCAAUACCAUGCCUUGUACAUCGAAGACGACCGACAAGGGAGGCUUGAGGAUGCCGAUGGCCUCCCUUACACCCUAGACUUCCUCGUUAUCGAAGAACUCGACUUCUUACAGGCUUGUCUGCGCGCACCUCCCGUGAGGAAGGAACUGGAACAGCAAAUCCAAACGCAUGGCUCUUCUGCAGAAUGGAUGUCCGAAAUCAUGGACAUCGCCGUGUCUUAUGCGCAAAUCACGACCGAAGAAGAGGGCUUGUGGGACAUUGACGUCAACAUCUUCUUGUCGGAGGAAACCAACGUCACUGCCAACUACACUCCUCGGACCGCAUGUGGCGACUUGGUCAUCAAGCUGGGCGACUGGCUCAGUGCGGCAACUGUGGAAGGCCUGCUUGCGUACACGCGGAAUCUCUACUCAGGCAAUGGAAGCUGGAAGGCUAAAGAAGCCUCUCUGUAUCUGCUGAAUCAACUGCUCGGCGAGUUUCAAGAUGUCGAGAAGAAAAUCGGUGCCGAAGCGGCGGAUGGAUACGUAGACUUCAUCCAGCGAGCGAUGCAAGAAGAAGCCGUAUUCCUGCGGGCACGCGGCUACUUGGUAGCGGGCGGCUUGAUUCGUACAUCUGGUGACACCCUCGGACAGGUGGCGGCAACUUUCAUGCAGACGUCGUUGCAGGCAAUCACGCAUGAUCCCUCCGAGAUCGUCAGGGUUUCUUGCAUUCGAGCCCUGCAAAGCUACCUGGCCGCCCUACCAUCGGCGUUGUCGCUGCCACACCAAGCAUCGAUCAUCGCGGCGGUGUCCCACUUCCUUGAUGCCCAGGAUUUCGGCGACCUUACGGAUAGCGACGACCUGCUUAUAACCAUCAUCGAGACACUGCGUGAUGCAAUCAUGCUGGACACGAGUACCUGCCUCACAAACGGCGGCAUCGACCUUCUCUUCACUGUGGCCAGUCGUGGCGCGAGCAACUUCCAGAUAGCACUUCUCGUCACAGAGACAUUUGAAGAAAUCUCCAACACCAUCGCCGCCACGGGCAAGGAAAGCUACGCCGAGCUCACGGCGAAAGUCCUUCCAUCCCUGACCGGAGCCUUUGACGUAGCUACGCUUACCGAGGAGAACGCUCUAGCAAACCUGGCUGCCGAGUUGCUGUCUGUCCUCUCUGCGAACGGGUCGACACCACUGCCACCAAAAUUCGUCGUGACAGUCAUGCCACGGCUAAGCCGCCUCCUAAUGGAAUCGAAUGACGAUGAACUUCUCAAGUCAGCCACGUCCGCGCUGCAGAACAUGCUCAAUCAUGACCCAGAACAAGUCUUCGCUUUCCAGGACCACAACGGCAAGGGUGGGCUCGAAGUCGUUUUAAUUGUUAUCGACAGACUGUUGAAUCCAUCGGUUGAUGAUAAUGGCGCCGCAGAGGUUGGUGGGCUCGCGGCAGAACUGGUCGAGAAGGCAGGAUCUGCACGAAUGGGCCCUUACUUGAUGCAGCUUCUGCGUGCAGUGGCAAUACGUCUAGCAUCCGCUUCGCAAGCCCAUCUCAUCCAAAGCUUGAUCCUGGUCUUUGCUCGUCUGGCCGUCAUUUCCGCGCAGGAAGUAGUGGGAUUUCUAGCGGACGUUCGCAUCGGGUCACAGAGUGGUUUGGAGGUGGUCAUGAGUAAGUGGUUGGAGAACUCGAUCAACUUCGCCGGCUACGACGACAUCCGACAAAAUGUUGUUGCUCUUGCAAACUUGUACAACCUGAACGAUGCCCGUAUCUCCAGCAUUCAGGUCAAGGGCGAUCUCAUCGUACCCAAAUCCGACCGAAUCAUGACGAGGUCCCGCGCGCGGCAGGCUCCCGACCAGUACACCGUGGUGUCUGCUCAACUGAAGAUUGUCAAAGUGCUGGUGGAGGAGCUUCUGUCUGCCUCGGGCAAUCGCGCCAUCGACCCUGCAGAUGCAGUGGAUCUGGAUAACGACGACGAAGACUGCGAGUGGGAAGAUGACCCGAAUGACUUUCUCGACCUCGGCGCGGGCAUGACAAAGUCGCAGUUGAUGGCAUUCGGGGCGGAGGACAGCAACACCUUCUCCAGGGGAAGAGACGAUGAGACCCAGGCCUAUCUGGUCGGCUUUUUCCGACAAGCAGCGCAGAAGCCUGAGUUUGGAGACGCUUUCAACUCACUGACCCCGGAGGAACAGGAGAAACUGAGGAACAUGAGCGAUCCUUGAAAUUGAUGCUGCAUGGUGGGCAUGCUUUCGAAUUGCAUAGCGGGCAUCGAACAUGGCUAGUACUGCCAUAUGCCAUAUAGACUUACCUCUCGUU